CUGUGUUUCGCCCAAAGCUCAACGUCACUGCGUGAUUGGACUAGACUUCUUCGUGGGAUUGUAAAACCAAGAGGAGGAAGAUUAUACAUAUUUUACAAGCUUAUCUGCUUUGGAAUCUACAUAUAUAUAUAUUUUCCCAAUGGAGCGCAUAAGCUGAGGGAUACGUGAGAGGCACGCACUUUCGUGACUUAGCACCCACGUGCUGAUGAACUUUCGUGACUUCAGAUAUCCUUAUUAUACGCCUUUUCGUGACCUAAGACACAGACACGUAAAUUUUCGUGAACUAGGACGCACCUACUUAUAAUUAUGCUUUCGCGACCUAGGACGCGCAUACUUAUACAUUUUCGUGACUAGGACACAUGCAUACUUUUCCCUACCUAGGGCAGAUGUACAAUUUCCUGACCUAGGACAUAUACACUUAUAAACUUUCGUAACCUAGGACACAUACUCUUUGUUGGCCUGAGACACAUGUUAUCGUUCACUUUCGUGAUCUGGGACACAAAUACAUGCAACCUUCGACAUCGACGUUAUAACAUAUGAGCAUCCAUAUCUAUUUCGUGACAUAGACCAGACACACAUAACCCAAACACGUCUUGACCUCAAGACAUGCAUACAUUCCCAAUCUCAGCUAAAAAUCAAACCCUCAGGUAAAAAAUACAUAACCCGCAGAUGUAAUUCACGGAUAUAUAACUCAUUCACUCGAUGUAUGCUUACGUAAUGAUUCUAUCGAACCGCGUGAAGGAGUCGGCAGCAGGUAGUACUAGUAGUACUACGAUGCUACUCUGUAUGGCCAGCCACGCUGCAACGUGUAAGAGACUCAGAGUUGGACACAGAGUUUAGUACCAGGUGAGACUGCAGUGUGUGGGGGACACUUCCUUUCGUUCAGCCGCUGCUUAAAUGAUUUCAGUUCGGCUCUCGGCUGCCAUACUCCUCCCCCUCCCUCUCUUCGGCGUUUUGUGAAACGAGUAUCACAUCACAGAUUACGGUUUCAAGAAGGGGCGGAAAGAAGAAGAAGAAGAAGAAGAAGAAUUUGAGGAGACUAGAUUAAGCAACUCGAUGCCGGAGAUUCCCUGAGAGAGAGAUCGCCAACUCCAUGAGAUGUUGUCCCUCCCAAGGACGACCGCGAUCCUCCUGCUGGUUGCGAUCUGCUUCUCGAGAGGAGCGGAAUCCCGGAGGGGAUGGAAGCACGUCUUCCUCAGGAAGGACCCACAGGACGUUGCCAAUAUCGGCGAGGUCCCUGAAGCGACGAAGAUCCACAGGGAUUUGUUCCACACGUUGGCGCCCCACCAGAAGGCGGGCAUGAGUUUACCCUACGUCAUCCUGGCGCCCACGAUAGCCCGACCUGACUCCGUGUACCAACUUGUCGUGGGCAUCCUGAGGGGCAAGGCGCCCGUGGAGGUGAGGGCGUCCUUAGCUACCGUCAACACGGGCGUAGAGGUAGCCCAGGCUCGCGUGGUCAUCGAACCCGGGAAUUUGGCACCGCUAAAGAUGAAGAUCCCCGUAGACAUCAGCAGCCUCAGCAGGGGGAGCAGCUUCAGCAGGGAAAGCCACCGAAACGAAUGGACUUCGGCGGAGACCGAAGCCCCAGCGUGGUCCGAAUCUUCUUCUACUUCCUCCUACCUGAAGGAAGACACUGGUCCCGGCCUGACCCUUCGCGUCGAAGGGCGCGAGGGAUCCAGCACGGUUUUCAAGAACACCUCCUUCGUCAGCGUCUCCCCGAGGUUCAUCACCGUCCUCGUUGAGAUGUCGAGGCCUAUGUACGACGGAGGUCAGACCGUUGAGUUCCGCGUCAUUCUCCUGAAGUUGGAUCGAACUCCUUAUCAUGGGCCUGUCGAUGUCUACGUUAUGGAUCCUCAUGGUUACGUUAUAAGGCGCUGGGUCUCCGUCUACCCAACCAUAGGUGUGAUCGAGCUGAGCAUGGGAAGCGUGGUCAUUCCCAAAAGAGGUUGGUACCGCGUCCGAGUGGUCACGGCGGGGCAGGUGGACGAGCACCCCUUCUUCCUGACGAAGUACUUCGUCACAAAGUUCGAGACUCACAUCGAUCUUCCAUACUUCGUCUUAUCGAGCGAGGAAAGCGUCCGCGGGAGCUUCAACGCCCUCUUCUUGACGUACAAGCCGGUGCCCGGGAAUGCCACCAUCACCUACAACCUGAAGGAGAAGGACGACAAGAAAUUCAGGGAGGUCGCGUCGCAGGUGGUGCCUUACGCCGAGGGUCCGUACGAGUUUCAGUUGCCCUUCGAGACUCUGAGGAAGAGCGCCAAGGACUCCGAUCUGGGCGACGCAGAGGUUAAGGUUCGGGUGGCUUUCUUCCAUCCCUUCCAGAUUCAUACCAUCAAAGCUUUCGCCACCACACGUAUCAUUAAUCCUGACGUGAAACUCGAGUUCUUGGGAGCCUCUCCGAUCGUCUUCAAGCCAGGAAUGUCCCUGAAAUCAGCUGUAAGUGUGAGAUAUCGCGACUUGGAACCGCUGGAAGAAGAACGGCUGGGAGCCUCUUCCUUAACCAUCACUCCAUCAGUGACGCUUAAGUCGGGUUCCGUCAAAGACCUCACAAAGGUUGUUGUCCGGCCGCGGAAGGAGGUGAAACACUGGAGAGAUCUGCUGAAGGAGGGCGUGUUGUCCGCCAACGCCACGCAGGAGGUCACCGCCCAUCUGAUGGAGUCCUUCGUCCACCACAAUGCUUUCGACAGAUACCGCAGUCUCGGCAUUUUAGAAUUCAACAUCGACAUCCCCAAAGACGCCGUCAGUCUCCUCCUGUCAGCGACGUACGAGGAUCCCACGGGGAGCGCCUCCGAAGUAGCCAAGGGGAUUCCAGUCUACUCCCCCGGAGGACGGUACCUCCACCUGACGAGCAGCACGGACCGCGUGCGGGUCGGGGAGUUCUCCGUCUUCCACGUCAGGGCCAAUUUCCACAUGACGAAGUUCCAGUACAUGGUGAUGUCGAAGGGCAUCCUGGUCUACACGGCUACCGAAGAGGUGACCUGGGCGGGCAUCGAGGGCAUCACGACCGUGAGCGUCGCCGUGGCCAGGGAAAUGUCCCCGUUGUUCACCCUCGUCGUAGCCCACGUGACCGCCGACGGAGAAUUCAUCGCCGAUACGAUCCACGUCAGCGUUGACGUGGAGAAUGACGUCAAGGCUGACGCUUUGCUGAACCAAGACAAAGACCACUCCAAGAGGACGGUUGAACUGGGCAUCUGGGCAGCUGCUGGGUCGUUCUUGGGCGUCAACUGUGCCCGCGUCUCCAACUACAGACUCCAAGCGCCGAAUCGCGUCUUCCAUUCCAGGCUGAUGAAGGCAGCUCUUUCCAUGGAACCUAAUCUGAGAUCGGUGCCAGUCGUGAGGCACCGCUCCCGCGGCGGGCACUGGCCGGAGAGGUUAACGACCCUGUCUUCGGAAAACGGGGCCACUUGGGCACUGCCUGCCCUCCACAACUCGGGCCUGACCGUGGCGUCGAAUACCCAGAGCGCCCAUCCCCUGGGCACAGGCAAGUGUGACGGCACUGCUGGAUUUCUGGAAUGCGGAGACGGCAGCUGUUACCGACAGCUGGAAGUCUGCGACGGGUAUAAGCAUUGCCUGAACGGAUUCGACGAGAUUAAUUGCCUGGUUGUCCACAGAGAAGCAGAAGACCUGGAUUCCUCAGGGCCAGUUUUUCGAUCUCCAGAGAUUUUGGACGAAGAAUCCAGGCUGCUGCAUCGGAAUUUCCUGCGAGACACCUUUGACAGAGCAGAAGGUGGCUGGUGCUACACCACAAAAUAUAUUGGUCACAGAGGAUACGAAAUGCUGAAGCUAAAGGUUCCAAACACCCCAGCGAAGUGGGUGCUCAGUUCCUACGUCAUCCAUCCCGAAUACGGUCUGUCAGUUUUGCCAGACCUGAAUCACGAUUCGACUCCACCGCUCCUGAUGCGGCUGGAGUGUACCAGUUUCUGCAGGAGAGGUGAACAGGUUUCGGUGCGAGUCCACUUGCAAAACCCGACCCGAUUCGCUCAGAUGGUGAUGUUGAUCUUGGAAGGAAAUCCUGACUACAUGUUCGUCAACGUGGAUGAAGGCGCUCAGGUCCAGCACUACAAUCCACGACUCACUCCGGGCGAACAUCACCACCUGAUCACGAUAAAAGCUGGGGAACACAAGGAGGUCAUGUUGCCCUUAGCAAUCGUCAAGCAGUCGGGGAUGGUCACCAUCACAGUACACACCCUUGCCCAAGUUGGAAUGAACACACAGCAAGUCAGGGUAGAAGUUGUGCCAGAGGGUGCCCUGGUUCGCAAACACACGUCAGUGCUGCUUGAUCUGAAGAACAGGGCAACGGUUUAUGAAUUUCUCGACCUUCCGGUGGACGAGAGUCCUGAAAUAAGCAGAAGUCUUCUCAGAAGAUAUGUUUAUGGUUCUCCAAGAGCCCGUGUCGCCAUUUCUGGCGAUGUGUUUGGACCAAUCCCAAAAGACCUCGUCCUAACUGGCAUCAGGUCCUUCAACGGACUGGACCUGAAGAGCAACGACGGUUAUGCCUUCGAUUUCGGCUCCACCCUCUGGGCUCUCCACUACCUCAGGCUCACGAACCAGCUGAACAUAUCCGAGGCUCAGGUGGCUUUUGACCACCUCAACGUGCAGAUGGCAACUCUACUGCUGCGCCGAGACGGAGGAGGGUUUAAAAUGUGGGGCGCCGCCAGGAAAUCCGUCUGGAUGACGUCAUGGAUACUGAGUCUCCUUCUGUCGGCGCAACUGGAAGAAUGGGAGAACCUGAUAUUCGUGGAUCCCAAGAUCAUCAGAGAGGGCGUGGCUUUCCUGGUGGAGAACCAAAGACGCGACGGUAGCUUCGCCGAACUCGCUCUGAAUGCGACACACGACUACAAGAUGAGUUUCAAGGGACAAAUCUCUCGAGAGGAAGGACACGGCGUCGGCGAAGGAGAGGAGCCGACUUUGGUAGCCCUGACGGCCCUGGUGACCACCGUCUUGCACGAAGCCCUGGGUGGCAGCAUCGAGGGAAGUCUUCACAGGAGGGCAGUCAAUGCCCGCCUGAGGGCAACGCAUUUCCUGGAACGGCAAGUAGAUGCAUUGUGGGACCCCUACGACUUGGCCAUCACGACUUACGCUCUUCACGUCGUAGGGAGCCCAGAAAAGGAGGUUGCCGUGAAGAAGCUCGAAUCUUACGCCAAGGUGACCGGUAGCAUGACCCACUGGUCGCGAGCGGCGAUAGCCUCGAACCAACGCCUUCGCGAAAACAGCCAAAGGACGUUCCUCCUGCCGAAGGAGCCGCAGGAGUGGGACUCCUACGCCGUGGAGGCAACGAGUUACGCCCUCCUGGUGUUUCUGAAACGGGAGGGCGUCACGGCCAAGACGGAGUCCAUCAUGGAGUGGCUUGUUUCUGUCAGGAAUUGGGACCACGCCUAUUCGUCGACCAUUGAUACAGUGAUGGCCUACCGUGCCGUAUCAGAAUACAGCUACAGAGCCAGACUGAGAAGCAUUACUAACGUCCGCGUUCAGCUGGAGGCAACUUCAACCCCAGGGUCGAGAAAGCAUCUGUUCAUCUCGAAUCACUCGCUUACUGCCAUGAACUCCGUCCCGAUCGCCCGUCCGUGGGGCCAUGUGUACCUCAUGGCAGAGGGCUCGGGACAGGCCAUAGCCCAGUUAGAAACCAGCUGGGGAGUUGAUUUGGCUCAGUAUUUGCUAAAGCCUCCGAGGACUUACUUCAGCUUGAUGGUGAAGGAGGACUACCUCUCCCCGAGAAACAAGACCCACAUAAGAGUGUCAGUGUGUACGAGGUGGUUAGCUACAGAUAUAUCGCCGGACAGCCACGCUGCCCUUCUGGAAGUGGAUAACCCUAGUGGAUACUUCUUCGAGAUCCAGAUGGCCAAUGACCACGCCAGCCUCGUCCGUCGGACGAAGCUCCCCCAGCUGAUGAACGCCAAGUCCACUCCCAAGAAGAUGUUUUACCAGUUCCACCACAUCCCGGGUGACAAAAAGGUGUGCUUCGAUUACAUCACGGAAAGGCGGUUUCCUGUUGCAAAUCACACGGCUGUUAGGUCGGCUACAAUUUUCGAGCAAUUUGCACCCGAGCACUUCCAAACGACGGUGAUCAACGCCACGCCUUUGGCCGUCCUGGACAUUUGUGAGGUCUGUGGUUCCUACCAGUGUCCCUAUUGCCCAAGUUACAGCUCAGCUCCUGCAGAAAGGACGUCUUGGAUCCACGUGUCCAUCCCCAUCUUCGGUACUACUCUGUUGGUGAAGUUGUCCCUAUUUCCUUGAAAAAAAAAAAAAAAAAAAAAAAAAAAAAAAAAAACUCUCAGUACGUUCCCACGUGAUGUCCAUUCGUUGUAUUUGUUUUUUGUUCGUUUUUUUUUAAUUAUUAUUAUUAUUCAAUGGUGUGUUCACGUGAGCCAGUAAAGGUAUUUAUUGAUAUGUUUUUUUCCAUGUGUCAAAUAGUAGGUCGAAUGACCUGGAGAUAUAUAGGUGAUUACGUUAGUUAUUUUUAUAUUUAUUUGUAGUGUUUGUCCUUACUCGUGCCUUUACCUGUUAAGGAACAUAUGCUCAAUAUUCGUAUACUGUGUCUGAUUGUAUCUAAAAUGUCAUCCCUUUUUUUAUCCUACGUCAUGUCAGCACUUUAAUUCGAAGAUGUGUUCAGUUACACAACGUCACCACAGACUUUACAGUAUUCUCUCCGCAUUGUUGAACAUUGGACAUUACACUUAGAAAAAUUUCCAUAGCAUUUUGAGGAAGGGCAUUUAUUUUAAUUUUCGUUAAUGAUUCACUUUUUGCAGGAACCAUUCAACGUCAAGGUCAAUACUUACACAAAAUACUAGGAUGUAGGGAUCAUCUUCAUUGAAAUAUGCAAUCAGUUUUUUAAAUCUCUACGGAGACAUUUUGUAAAUGUUAUAUGGACACAUAUUGGUGAUUGUUGAUAGGAAAAUUGAAGUCCCUAAAAACAUUCUUUCUGUUUAAAAUGAGAUGUUUAAGCUAUGUAUCUUAUAUAUAUCAGAUGAUGUGGAAGCCAUCUAGCCGUGAAUGCUAAUUAACAAAAACAAUAAAUAGAUAAAUUUUUAUAAAUAAUGAACAAGAGAAGGUACUAGUUCAAUAAGGAUGUAGUAUAUUCAGUGGACUGUGACUCUCAGGAACUCAGUGACUGGAAACAAUAUUAAUGUGACUCAGAAAUUAUCACUAUUUAGCGAAUGAGUCAGAGAGAAAGUUAACGACCUAACAACCCCUCUCCAAUCCGUCCUGUAACUUGGUCCAAGGUCUAUAGACCGUGGAUGGCCUGGUCCUUUUACAAUCGAGUAGGAAUCUCGGCGGUGCGCUAGGUUUAUAGUCUAGAAGGAGUGGACAUGGCGACUGGCUUUUCUCAUUUCGUUAAGUGACGGAAGACCUCCAUGGCGCAUUCAUAAUGCUCAAGAUUUGGGUGUUGUUUACAUGUCUGCCAUACAGAGAGAAUAGAGAAAGGGAGAAAGAGAUGUGGUGUUGUUAGAGAGAGAGAGAGAGAGAGAGAGCUUUUGCAGCUACACUGACUAUUUUGAUUUGCUUUUACCGAAAGGUUUUACAUUGUUUCAUUGAUAGAUCCUAAUCAGAUAUUCGGAAGGCUGAUCACCAACAAUAAGAAAAUUAGCUUUAUCAGUCAGUUUCAUAAAAUGCAAAUGUUGAUUUUAGAAAGUGCUAAAAAAAGAUGAAUAUUCAUUUUAGUUCCGUAUGUUUCGAAUUUGGUUUCUGAAAUACUACAAUUACUAUGCGUUUAUAGAAGUGCUUUUUUGUACAUAUCCAUAUGUCAGUUAAAUAAACUAUGAGAAAAAGACGCGAAUAAUUGCAAUUUCAAUGAAGAGCUGUAGAAUGGUGGGAUAUCUUAUGAGUUUUUUCAACCGGAUUGCAAUAUGCCCCCCCCCCCCCUCUACAGAAUUAGACAGACAAUUCUGAAUUAGUAAGGUAAUCUGAUUUAUAAACGCUCAUACUACUGUACGUACAGGAUUACGGUGUAUAAUAUUAUCAUCAUCAUUACAAAAAUUAAAAUCCACUGUGAUAUUGUUAU